AUGGGAGAAUUUUGAGGUUCACAUUUGUGAAGGUUUAAUGAAGUCGUGGUUUUAAUGUUAUCGUGCUUGUUAGUUAUGUUUAUUGCCAGUGAUUAAUGAGUAACUCAGGGGAACUAAAGGGAGAGGGUGUGGAGGUCUUCUUGUAGAGAAAUAAAGUGACACUCACCAGCAGACUCAUGGUUCAGCCAGCUUCGCAUGUACUGAUAUUGAUUGCUUAAUUUCACAAAAUAGCUUAAACUUCAGAUUUGAACAUUUCGAGGAGCUGACCAUGCAGAUGACCACUUGACUGCCAUCGAAAGCCCUUUGUUUGCUGUCAUGAAGUCCGUCAGAAGCCUGUCUUCUCUAACCAUCUGUCUGUGUAUACAGCUGUCAGUGUGUCUUCUGGGUUCAACUGCCUCAGCCAGUACCAGCAUGUGGGGUAAAAAGCUAAAGUUCAUUGGUCGUCCGUGUCUGUGGCAGCUACAACCAGAUGUUGUGGUACCAGCCCUUGAUGAGCUGAGUGUAUGCAUGCUUUUACGCCUCACUGUUGGAACAGAAUGGACAGCUUUUGUCUACAAAGCACCAGCGGGAAGACACAUAGAGCUGGGACUUCGGGGCACAGGUUCACAGCUGGCAGUAUGGCUGUUUGGAGAAGAAUGGCACUUGGAAAGGGAACUGAAAUUGCAUGAAUGGCACUCUAUCUGCCUCACCUGGUCUGGCCGAGCUAGGAUGCUGCGGGUCUACAUUAAUGGAACCAGUCAGCAUGAGCCCUCAAUGAAUCCCCUCCAACCCCAGCAACUGGCCCAAAAUGGCACUCUCACUCUGGGGGUGUCUCAUUUUAUAGACCCAAAUGGUGAAGUCCAGCCAGAGAGUGGAAACAAUCUGCUUGGUGAGAUUGGUCUGUUCAGGAUAUGGGCCAGAGAAUGGAGCGCUGAGGAGCUGAGGGGGCAGAGCUGUGCAGAUGGAGAUGUGGUGAGCUGGGACCUGCGGCAGUGGAACUACAAGUGCCCUCCUGAGUCUGACAACAACCUACAUUGUGCAUGGUCACUCUACAAAAUCAAAAUGUGGACAUUCAUAGUUCACUCUACGAAGCUUGGAAAUUGUUCAGUGUCACUGGAGGAAGUCACAAGAAACUGGUUGGAGAGCAUUUUCCCCCGCAACAUAUCUGUCCAUGACAUCAUUGUGUCAUCCCCAAGCCAUACCUGCCACGUGGUUAAUAAUCCUGCCGCUCUACAGGUGACACAACCUCAGGGGUCAAGAGCAUUAUCAAACUCCACCGGUGAGAAGUGUUUCAGCUGUGAAGUCUAUGUGGAGGUGAAUCCUGCUGCUAAUGUAGAAGUGGUUCAGGCAAACAUUGCAUGGUUGCUGAAUUUUACCUUCUCUCACGACAACCUCAACCUGACAGCUAAUAGCAUCAGCAUACUACCUGUGGAGUUAUUCCCUGCAGUGACAGAACCACCACCAACUGUCAGCACUGGUGAAACUACAUCAGAAACAGGUCCAACUCAAAGUCUGCCAGCUCAACCUGCUAACAUGUCAACGACAGGAGAGCCUUUAGAUCUCAACGAGACUGCCGCAUUUGGACCAGAUACAUUUUUCAGAGUUAAUAUGACUUUGAGUAUGACUGGCAGCCCUACAAAACCAAAGGGUAUUAUUGAGAAAUGGGUGAAGGAACAGCUGGAGGUGAAUGACACCAUGGUUGUACUGAAUCUCAUCAUAAAGGAGAAUGUUGGCAGGAAUAUGGAACCGUUCAAUGGACAGAUGAUUUUCCAUGGCCAACAAAAACACAGAUAUUACUGUACCUUCCAUGUUCAGGAAUAUAACAUGAACAGUGUGGCAGAAAUUGAAACAUUUAUUAAUGCUGCUUUGACAUCAAUAUAUGAAAAUGACUCCAUUAUUAUUCAAACAGUGGAUGUGGCAAUCAAGCACAUUGUGCCAGAAAACUGUUUAGAAGAAACUACUUCGACAAUCUAUGGACAAUAUAUUUGGCCUGAAGCAUUUCCACAAGUCAACCAAGACAUGGGAUGCAAAAAGCCAAACUCAGAGAGAGCCUACAGGCUUUGUAAGUUAGAGAUUGAAACUGACACAACCAGCUGGUCUGAUCCUGAUAUGACAAAUUGCACCCCGCUUGUGACCAUAUCAGACCUUGACAAUAUCACUGUCACUACUGGUAACGCAGCUGAGGUUGUGGACAUGAUUCAGGACCUUGUAGAUGUUCAGUUAGGUAACAGUGCAGAGCUCUCUUCCUCCGAGCUGGAUACAGUGGUGGAGAAGCUCAGUGAAGUGGUUGAUAUCAGCGUCCUCAAACCUGCUGUUGGUGCCGACAUUGUCAGUAUUAUUGCAGAUAUCCUGCUUUCCAAAACUGACAUCACUCCAGUGGCUAACAUUAUCCUUAAUCUGACAGAUAGAAUGGGGAACAAUAUGGACUUCCAAGAUGAGUCUGUCAGUCUAACAGCACCCUCACUGGCCCUGUCCAUGAUCAACGUAGAUCCAGAUGAAUUCCAGGGCCUCACCUUUAGUGUGACCUCCAUUUCUUCAAUCCUCAACCCAAAGAUUUUUCUCAACCAGAGCUUUGUGAGUGAAUCAUUCCCUGACACAGAUGCAACUAUAUCUUUGCCCUCUGCACUUCACAACUUUUUCCCUCCUGGAGAAAGAAAUAAAACCCGUAUCCAGUUUCAUUUCUAUGGAACACAUGACCUUUUUCAGGACCCACAAACAACCAAUGCAACACAGAGCAGCUGGACACUGAAUUCCUAUAUAAUAUCUGCCAGCAUCAACAAAUGCCAUGUCAGCAACCUAAAGGAUCGAGUGGUGGUGACCCUCAGCCAUCAAACACCCAAACAGCCAGAAGACAAGGUGCAGUGCAUGUUUUGGGAUUUUCAGAAAAAUGGUGGACAGGGUGGUUGGAACAGCAGAGGUUGUGAAACCCAGAGUAUUUCUUCUUAUCGGACCAGCUGUCUCUGUGAUCACCUCACACAUUUUGCUGUGCUCCUGGAUGUAUCCAGAGCCCCUAUCAGUGAAGCUGACAGUCACAUCCUGACAGUGAUCUCAUAUCUUGGUUGUGGUAUAUCUUCCAUCUUUCUGGGCAUCACUCUUCUCACCUACCUUGCUUUUGAGAAGUUGCGUCAAGACAAUCCAUCUAAGAUACUCAUCAACCUGUCAGCUGCCUUGCUGGGGUUGAGCAUGCUCUUCCUACUAGACUCCUGGCUCUCAUCUUUCUCCAACUAUGGUCUGUGCAUUGCCACUGCUGCAGCACUGCACUACUUCCUGCUGGCUUCUUUCACCUGGAUGGGCCUAGAGGCUGUGCAUAUGUACCUCGCGCUGGUCAAGGUUUUCAACAUCUACGUUCCUUGCUACAUCCUCAAGUUCUGUGCUGUAGGAUGGGGUAUUCCUCUGGUCAUAGUCAGCGUGGUGCUGGUCAUAGAUAAAGAUGCCUACGGCAGCGCUGUGCCUGAAGAGGCUUCAAUUUUGCUUAAGUCCACUGACCAAUUCUGCUGGCUGCAGAAUGAUGUCUUCUUCUACGUGACGGUUGUGGCAUUUGUUCUUCUGAUCCUGUUGUGCAACAUCACUGUGUUCAUCGUGGUUCUGAUCCAGAUCAGACAGAUGAGGGCUAAUAAGCCGUCAGCAAACAGCAGCAGUUCUCUGCAUGACUUGAGGGCGGUGGCCAGUCUCACCGUCCUGUUAGGCCUGACAUGGGCAAUGGGCUUUUUUUCAUUUGGGCCGGGCAGAGUGGUCCUGAUGUACCUGUUCUCCAUCUUCAACACUUUGCAGGGGUUCUUUGUUUUUUUGUUCCACUGCUUGAUGAAGGAAAAUGUGAGGAAACAGUGGAGAAUCCACUUGUGCUGCGGACGUUUCAGACUCAGUGAUUACUCAGACUGGAGCCGCUCCGUGACAGUGGGUGGUCGCCAAAAAAAGAACAAUCUUGUUAACUCUGACUCAGUCGCUUCUGACAACACCUCCACCAUCAGGAAGGUCUCGGACUCCUCUACAGGAUCAGCACCAAACCACCACCAGGGGGAGUAAGCAGGUCUCAGUAUGUGCUAUUCUGAAUAGCUUUCCCUUUCAAGGUCCAUUGUUUCAUCACAAACAAUGAUAGCAGAAACUAGAACAGCUCCAUGUCUGUUAUGGGCAGAGAGAGAUCAAAUAAAACACAUUUUCAGGGAGAUAUAAUGCACCUUGCAUUAAAAUCAGCCAAGAAAAUUAAAUCAGUCAGUGCAAAGUACAGUAAAGAAUGUUACUGCUUUCACUCUACAGUUGAAUGACUGAUGCUUUGAAAAAAUAUAUUUUGUAUUUGUAAACCUUUUUGUAGUUAAGUAAUGAGUAAAUGUAAUGUUGUAAAUGAAGAGUUUUUCAUUUAAAUGUACUGAAAAUGUGAUGGAGAGGGCAGUAUCUGUAACCAAGAACUGCUUUCAAGUACAGUGCAUGAGAAAUUGUACAUGGGAAAAGUAUAAGACAUGAAACCGUCUUUCUAUACAUCGGCCUCAAUUUCUAGUCUGCUUCUUCUUCAGACCUUAACAUUUUUACAGCUUGUGAUGUUUCCUUUGAAGACAUUUUUUAAAGGUAUCCUUACUUUCAAUGAUAAUAAAAUAUUCAUGUAAGUUUUGUUGAAA